AGAAUUGAUCUUUAUUCUUACCUACCCAAUUUUAGCAAUAUAAAAUUAUGUUGACAUUUAUGCCAACAAAUUAGGUAUUGGCACAUUAAAAGAUUUUCCUAUAAGUUUUUAAAUAUUAGACUAAUUAAAAGAGUUCCAAUUUCUAUUUAUAUAAAACAAGUUCCAAUUAAUGGUCCUUUUUUGUGGAGGGAAAGGAUGAUGAAUCACACAAUGUUGUUCCAAAUGAAUUCCAUUUCUUAAAAAACAUGUCAUGUCUGAAAUAUUAGAAAUAUUAUGACAUAUUCUGUAUUAAAUAUAUGGUUUUAUUAUAUUGACAUAGGAUAUGAUAUAUGGUCGCGUUGCCAACUGUAUAACAACAAAGCUUAUUAACGUUGUCCCCCUACAACAACGUCCACCCUAUGUUUGUAAAAAUGCCGAACAGAAACUGCGCUCCCGCUCACAUGGCCGGCGAAGAGACCACGGUAGUGAACGGAGCCGCCACCCUUCUUCUCCGCCUCGUCCGUGACGUCGUUCGGGUCUCCGCCGCGGGCUUCUCUGGUUUCUUCAAGAGAGAAUGCACGGAAUUGGGGAGAAGAGUCUCACUUUUGGUCCAUUUUCUUGAAGAAAUCAGGGAUUCCGAGAUCAUUCAACAAAAUUGUGAAAUCUCUUCUUCUUUCUCCACUUCUGGAUUCGCUGAUCUAAGUCUAGCGCUUCAGGUUGCGAAAAGACUCGUUGUUGCUGCUAAUAACUUUGACAACUCCAACUCCAUUUCUGCAGAUGGUGCCACAAAGAAAAUCCUCUUCCAGUUUCAAUGUAUAACAUGGAAAUUGGAGAAAGCAUUGGAUAACUUGCCUUAUGAUGAUUUUAACAUAUCAGAAGAAGUGCUAGAGCAGGUUGAAUUAGUCCGGUCGCAGUUGAGACGAGCCGCUGAAAGAUACGGCCGCCCUCUAAACUCAAGCUUAUCUCAGCCAUCGGAUAAGGAGAUACAUGUAGAGAAAAUCAGUAACUUUGACCAUGAAGCUAGCACGAAAAUGGAAGAUCUGUCAGAGGGCGUUGGGGCGGUAGAUGAUGUCUUGAACGAGGUUCUGAUUGAGGAAGAUGCAAGCAACUCAUCCAUGUCGGCUGCAGUUGUUGUGUUCAAGGACUCUGAGAGUCCAGGAAUCAACAGCUCGUCCUGCAAAGCUCUGAAGGAAAGCAAGAAGCCCGAUUCUCUUGUUGUUCCUGAUGAUCUGCGCUGUCCCAUAUCUCUUGAACUCAUGAGAGAUCCGGUCAUUGUGGCCACCGGACAGACCUAUGAGAGAUGUUAUAUACAGAGAUGGGUAGACUGCGGCAACAUAACAUGUCCAAAAACUGGUCAGAUGCUGCAAAAUCUCACUCUCACUCCAAAUUAUGUCUUGAGAAGUUUAAUAUCUCAGUGGUGCACGAAACAUGAGGUAGUCCAGCCGACAUCAAUAGUGAACGGGAGGCUAAAAAGGAGUGAUGGAUCAUUUCGCGAUGUCAAGGGGGACAUGGCAGCCAUUGAAGCUCUCGUCUGUAGGCUUGCAAGCAGGUGUAUCGAGGAAAUUAGGGCUGCCGUGGCUGAAAUCCGAUCACUUUCGAAAAGAAGCACAGAUAACAGAAUCUUGCUUGCAGAAGCAGGAGCUAUUCCAAUUAUAGUUAAUCUGUUGACAUCUAAUGAUGCUGAGAUUCAAGAUAAUGCAGUGACCUCCAUUCUCAAUCUUUCCAUCUACGACGAUAACAAGGAGCUCAUUAUGCUAGCCAAUGCAGUUCCUUGUGUUGUCCAAGUCCUCAGAGAUGGAAGCAUGGAGGCGAAGGAGAAUGCUGCAGCAACCCUCUUUUGCUUGUCCCUUGCAGACGAGAACAAGAUAAUCAUCGGUGCAUCCGGGGCCAUACCUGCCUUGGUAGAUUUACUUCAGAAUGGGAACUCAAGAGGGAAGAAAGAUGCUGCCACUGCAUUGUUCAAUCUGUGCAUAUAUCAAGGAAACAAGGGACGCGCUGUUAGGGCCGGCAUUGUUACAGCACUGAUCAAAAUGCUUACCACUUCAAGCAGCAUGGUUGAUGAAGCUCUUACCAUUCUUUCGGUUCUUGCCAGCCACCACGAGGCGAAGACAGUCCUUGUGAGAGCCAGCACCAUACCUGUCUUGACAGAUCUUCUUCGGACAGGAUUGCCUCGUUGCAGGGAGAAUGCUGUUGCUAUUCUGCUUUCCUUGUGCAGAAGAGACAACGCGAAUCUUGCUUGUCUGAGCAGGCUCGGAGCAGCAAUGCUGCUCUCAGAGCUGGUGGAGUCGGGCACAGAGAGAGCCAAGAGGAAGGCCGCAUCCUUGUUGGAACAACUUAGGAACUCUCAAGAGGUGAGAUCAGCGGAGUUAUAAAAUUACACGACUUUUUACACACUACAGAAUUCACAGUCAGAGCCAUGAGUAACAGAGAAUCUAUCAUGCCUACACUUGUAUUUAUUUGCUUCAUUCUUGAUUGGUAAAAAAUUAUGUGACAUGAUUUUUUUCGAUAA